AUGAAUGGUCCUUCGUGGGCGGGGUCCUCUGCGUAUGUGCACCCUUCCCUGUUGACAUCCCACCUGGAGGCAUAUGCAAACGAGCGACAUGCGUCUAUCGAUUCAUCCUCGACUAAUUCUCAACCACGCGUUGGAUCUCUAUCCUCUGCGCCCAACCCAAAUAGCUCUUCAUUAUCUACCCCCUCUCAGAACACAAAUAAUGGCGGUGCCGGCGCUGACGGCUCUACAUCUUCCCUGUCUUCUGCUCCUGCUCCGCUGGAUUACGUCGCGAAUCCUUUUACCAGGAUAAAUGACCGAACGUACUUUCGCGACCCCGAAAACUCCUAUCCGUUACCAUGCGACCUUCCGGAAAUACAUCGGCAGUCUCUUCGGACGAUGACCCUUAUUCGAGUCUUCGGUGCUCCGUACUGCGCGACGCCAUUGAAAGAUAAGCGACCGAAGAAGAUCCUUGAAUUAGCAUGCGGCUCAGGUCUUUGGUCGCAUGCAUGUCACGACUAUUUCCUUGAACAGGACGCCGGAGAUUCGAAAUCGCCAAAGGGCACAUUGAAGGAUAACAAGAAUACUACAUCCUUUACGGGUCUUGACAUUGUCUCCAUUGCGCCGGAUUUGCGCCGGAAGGGAGUCGAUUGGCAGUUUGUUCGACACGACAUUCGCAAGCCCCCUCUACCAUUUCCCUCAGACCACUUUGAUUUUGUAUUCAUCAAGGAUGCCGGACUAUGUCAGUCCGCCACAGCGCAGCAAAUAGAUCUGCUGGGUGAACCCUUGCGAGUACUCAAGCGUGGCGGUAUUCUCGAAGUGUGGGAUUCCGACCAUGUAUUCCGUGCUCUUCUACCUAAUCCUUCUCCGGCGCCCAACGUAUCCAAGAAAGACCAAAAACAUGCUGAUUUCACUGCGACAUACACCAUCUCUCCCGCGACUCCGUUUGCUGCAGCACAGAACAAGUACUUACUCGACUACAAUUCAUGGGUGGAAAAGGCAUUCGAGAAGCGCAAACUCACACCCAUGCCAUGCGCCACCAUCGGCCUUUCUUUCACAACCGAGGCCGACGCGUUCCGAAGCGGGGGUAGUCGCCGUAUCGCAAUUCCGCUUGGCGCAGAGGUACGGUGGGAACAGACCAGUGGGCGGGGGAAGUUGAAUGCUGAGCAGUUGGAUCUACGACACACUGCACUCACAACUACCAUUCAGAUGAUAGAGGGAAUGGAGCCGAUGUUGAUGGAGGCCAGCGGAAAGAGUCAGGACGAAUGGGACCGAUGGUGGGCAGCCAUGACCACAGACUUGUUGCAAAAGAACGGACUUGCCAAUGGUGAAUGUCUCGAAGUGGGUGCCUGGUGGGGCCAGAAGAGAUAA